UAUAUAUAUAUAUAUAUAUCAAUUUGCUGUAAAAAUGGAGUUCAUAUAUGAUAAAAAAAGGGACAAAAACGUACCAAAUAUACACGCUACUCGUUGCCUUCAAUUCAAGGUCUAUGUGAGCUCCUUGACUAACAAUUAUGUACUCGCUCUCAAACCCUAAUAAAUUCUCUCUGUAGUCACAAACCACAGUCCCUCAAAUCUAUCCCUGAUCAGAAGACACGGAAAGAUUCAAUUGUAGCACUCAAAAGAUCCAUUUCUGAAUCUUCUUACUCUGUUUUUUACCUUCAAUGGCGGCAAUACUGGCUUCUCACAGCUGCUAUUGCCGCAAUAUGGAAUUAAUAAAUCAAGGAAGAGCAGUGGACAAUCUCAGUUUCUCGAGCUCAAUUUCAAUUCAGAAUCUAUCAAAGUUUGAGAGACGUACAUAUAAUUUGUCUAAAAUAGAGAAAUUUUACAGGUUUCAAGUGGAAGUGCGACAGACUGAAUCUCCCAAGAAAUUAGGUUCUAAUGGUCGGCCUAUUAAAAUGGUACCUACAAGUGAGGUAAUGAAAAGAAAACCACCGUCCAUAAAUAAUACAGAAGUAGUAAAUGGUUCAAAACGGGUUGUUAACGGAACAAGUCUAAUUAAGAGAGAUUCUGCUCCGCCACUGGUUAAGACCCCAAAAAUUAGGGACACUAAAGGGCUUCCACCAAUCGAAGAACUAAAGGUUCUUCCUUCAGAUGAAAAUUUCAGCUGGGCCAGUGAAAAUUAUAAUUCCUUUCAAAGAUCUAUAGAUGUAUGGUCUUUUGUUCUUUCACUGCGCGUGCGGAUUCUACUAGACAAUGCAAAAUGGACAUAUAUCGGAGGCUUCACAGAAGAUAAACAGAAAAACAGAAGACGAAGAACGGCCUCAUGGUUAAGAGAGUGUGUGCUGCAACUUGGUCCUACUUUUAUCAAACUUGGACAGUUAUCCUCGACAAGGUCGGAUCUGUUUCCACGUGAGUUUGUGGAUGAGCUUGCCAAGUUGCAGGAUAGAGUACCUGCCUUCUCAUCAAAGAAAGCAAAAGACUUCAUUAAGCGUGAAUUGAGAGUUCCAGUUGACUUAUUGUUUAAGGAGUUUGAAGACCAGCCAAUUGCAGCUGCUAGUCUUGGUCAGGUACAUCGAGCUAUCUUACAUAAUGGAGAGAAAGUAGUUGUGAAAGUUCAAAGACCGGGCCUCAAGAAACUUUUUGAUAUUGAUUUACGAAAUUUAAAGCUAAUUGCAGAGUAUUUUCAGAAAAGUGAAACUCUUGGUGGUCCAACAAGGGACUGGAUUGGAAUUUAUGAAGAAUGUGCUAAGAUUUUGUAUGAAGAAAUUGAUUAUAUAAAUGAAGGGAAGAAUGCUGAUAGAUUCCGCCGGGAUUUUAGAAAUGUGAAAUGGGUUCGAGUACCUCUGGUACAUUGGGAUUACACUGCCUCAAAGGUGUUGACCUUGGAGUACGUUCCAGGCAUAAAGAUAAAUCGGUUGGAUAUGAUAGAUGCACGGGGUUUUAGUCGAUCACGCGUUUCAUCACGUGCUAUUGAAGCAUACUUAAUUCAGAUACUGAAAACAGGUUUCUUUCAUGCUGAUCCUCAUCCUGGAAAUCUUGCUAUUGAUGUAGAUGAAACAAUCAUCUAUUAUGAUUUUGGUAUGAUGGGAGAGAUUAAGUCUUUUACAAGGGAGCGAUUGCUACAACUUUUCUAUUCAAUUUAUGAGAAAGAUGGAAAAAAGGUUAUUCGCAGUCUCAUAGAACUUGAAGCGCUUCAGCCCACAGGAGAUAUGUCUUCGGUGAGGAGAUCUGUUCAGUUCUUCUUGGAUAAUUUAUUAAGUCAGACACCAGACCAGCAGCAGACUUUGGCUGCAAUUGGUGAGGAUUUAUUUGCUAUAGCAACGGAUCAACCAUUUCGGUUUCCAUCCACAUUUACCUUUGUGCUUAGGGCAUUUUCGACACUUGAAGGUAUCGGCUACACGCUCGAUCCAGAUUUUUCCUUUGUAAAGAUCGCUGCACCAUAUGCACAGGAGCUAUUGGAUACAAGACAGAAGCAGCGCAGAGGAACGCAACUUGUUGAGGAAAUAAGGAAACAAGCUGACGAUGCCAGAACAUACACCAUAUCUAUGCCAUACAGAGUCCAGCAGAUAGAGGAGAUCGUGAAACAACUUGAGUCAGGAGAUUUGAAACUUCGGGUUCGGGUUCUCGAGUCUGAAAGAGCAGCUCGGAAGGCAACAAUACUGCAAAUGGCAACAAUGUAUACGGUUCUAGGUGGUACCCUACUGAACCUUGGGGUCACGAUCGGCAGCCAAGGCAGUCAAGUUAUUGCAAACGGAUCAUUUAUCGGUGCAGGUGUCUUCUUUGCUCUAUUAAUUAGGUCCAUGCAAAGGGUGAAGAAGCUUGAUAAAUUUGAGAAAAUGAUAUGAUUCUGUCUCCAUUUCUUGGUUAUUAACUUUGUCUAUUCUUUUCCCCAUGGUCAUAAGAGCCUGUAAGCUUUGUAUGGCCAACAUAAUUGAAGAACGAACAUGCUUUGUUCUGCAUGUAAUUCAGGGGAAUAUAUUCUAAAAUAGGUUCAUCUCAAUCAAUCUGUGACUCCAUUUUUUAUUUUUUA